AUGAACGCCCUCGCCGACAAGUACGGAGACAAGCUCGCCAUCCUCGGGUUCCCCUGCAACCAGUUCGGCCACCAGACGAACGAGGACAACUCGGAGUUCCUCAACACCCUCAAGCACGUCCGCCCAGGCAACGGCUUUGAGGCCGCCCCCACCGUCACCCUCUUCGAGAAGACGGACGUCAACGGCGCCGACGCCGCUCCGCUCUUCAAGUGGCUCAAGGCGUCGCAUAUGAUCCCCUGCGACGAGGCGGGCGACACCAAGGGCAACGGCGUCGACGACAACGACGCGCUCGUCCUGCCGCGCGGCAAGUUCGGCGGAUCAACCGUCGUGCUGUGGACGCCGAAGUUCCUGGUCGACGGCGACGGCAAGUGCGUCAAGCGCUACUCCCGCUACUACAAGACGGAGAAGAUCGCGGCCGACAUCGACGCCCUCCUGUAA